AUGUCCAGAAGAUGUGUUCGAACAAGCGAAGUCGAUAAUUCAAUAUGGCUAGAUGUCCGAGAGGAUGCAUUUCGCCGACAUCUGGUAGAGCUUGAAGAAAGAACUAAUGCAGUACCAAUCGCGCCUCAGAUAUUUGAUGCAUCAAAUUGGAGUCCAAUCUAUCCAUAUGCUACGGGAUGCCAUCACACUUUGCCACUCGAAAUCGAAAUGCGACUCGCUGAUGAUUUCGCAUGUCUAGCUGCAGUCGAAGAGGGUGCGCAAAGUGUAGCUGCUGUCUGUAUCGAAGAGCACACCGAGGACGCGAAACUCACCCUCAGAUUUGCAGCUCUGGAUACGACACUCAAUGACACUGUCCAAGAAGCCUUACGAGAAAUUUCCUCCCUCUUAGCAGUAGUAUCUGUUCAAGAUACUAGCACCAUACCUAAAUCCCUUGAUCGGCUCUUCACCAUUGUCGUUCGUUUGCACUAUCGUCGUCUCCUCGCCAGAUUGCGUUCUAGCAAAUGGGAGAAGCCGGCAUAUUUGUCCAAGAGCCACAAAAAGCCUCUCUGGCAAGACUUCAAGAAUGUACUCCAUCGAGUUCAGUUUAUGUACACCAAACGCGAAAAGCGUCAAAGACUGGUAGUUGAGCAACUUCUUGGUGAGCUAGAGCAAGUCUACAAACAAUUUGAUGAGGCCUCUGAAAAUGAUAUCGCCAGUUUGGAGGGUCUCGUAACGUCAAGCUAUGCGACAAUUACUUCACCGGAGAUCCAAGACUAUGUUACUCGUUUAGAGGCAAGUGUUGGCACUUUGCCAACCGCGCAAGUUGCUUCUGCCAUCAAAUCUCUGAAGCAAAUUCAAAAAGUGGCAGCUUACAGACGCAUUUGCAUCUCCUUACUCGAAAUCGUACAAGAAUAUCCUCAGUUGUUCGAUACAGGAAUGUUGAUGGAUUUCGUGGUUCCUUUCCAAAGCGUGCCAACAGCAAUAGGCUACGAAGAAUGGGCAACCACUUGUCAUGUCCACGCGGAGAUUCAACUCGCCGUACACUAUGAUCUUGUGUUCCAAAACAGUCAACCGAACUUCUUGCCGCCACGAGUCAUAGGCGUAUCUAAAUGGUUAUGUUAUCUCUGUUACCAGUUUCUCCACGCACAUGGUCGUCUGUUUCCGUCAAGAACCCACGGCAGACUAUACGACCAGUGGACGAUUCCAGACUUAGCUGAGUUCGGCCACGAUACUAUGAAGCGUUAUCGAGCGGCCGUCAAACUUGUCGAUAUGGAAGUUCUCAGGCACAUAGAUUGCGAACCUGAACUCCGGAGACUAGAGCCGAUGACCAGCAACGACGUGUAUGGGAAGUAG